AUGUCAGAUGGCAUUAUACGGUCAACGGAUGCUCGCCAAGCUUAUGGAACUUUUCAAAAUGAACAGGAUGAACAAAACAAUACCCAAAGUAGCUCAACAAAUAGAAGUAGCCAACUCGAACUGUUAAAAUCUCACGAAUUAGCCAAGAGAAAUAUUUAUGGUUGGUUUUUUUAUUCCUUUUCAAGUGAGCCAUUCGUGGUUUCAGCAAUAGCAACAUACAUCCCCUUAUUACUAGAGCAAUUUGCAAGAGAAAGUGGUGUUCAACUUCAUGACCAUUCGAUUCCUUGCUCGAACAAUGACGAUAAAUGUGUGUUAGGCUUAUUUAAUAACUUAUUAUAUGUCGACACAUCCAGUUUUGCCUUAUAUACAUUCUCUGUCAGUGUCUUCGUUCAAACUAUAAUUGUAAUAACAGUAUCAGGAUUUGUUGAUAUGUGGAAAACUGUUAGAAUAAAAUGUAUAAUGCUACUACUGUUUGGACUAAUUGGUUCUUUUGCCACUAUAUUCAUUUCUCAAUUGAACAAUACCCAAUAUUAUAUGCUAGCUUUGUGUUGUAUAAUAUCAAAUUCAUGCUAUGGAGUAGUGAAUGUUGUUGGUAAUUCAUUAUUGCCAACAUUUGCUUCUGACUUAGUUAAUACUGAUAUAGCUCCUACAAAUUCAGUUGCUAAUUCUUCAACUUCUGAGAAUACACUUCCUAGUAGAAAUAUUGAUACAAUGACUACAGUAAUAAGUGGUCGUGGUGCCAGUUUAGGUUAUUGUGCUGCAUUAAUUGUACAAAUUGUUUCUAUGGCAUUAGUCAAAAAAAUAAAUUCUGACAGAGACUUGCAAAUAGCAGCAUAUUUCGUAGGUCUCUGGUGGUUAUUUUGGCAAAUACCAAUGUAUUGGCUAAUGAAUGAUCUUCCAUCGAUCAACCGUAACAAUGUUAGAAGCGUGUCAAAUUUUAAUAUUUCGAGAAAACGCCAUACCUGGAGAAAAAGAAUAUCUUAUAUGAAAUAUGGAUGGCUCUCCCUUUUCGAUGCUUUAAAGAAUGCAAGGCUACUGAAAGAUGUUGUUAUAUUUUUAAUUGGUUGGUUUAUUGUAAGCGAUUCUCUUACAACAAUUAACUCAACAGCUAUAUUAUUUUCUAAAACUGAACUUAAGAUGUCAACUGUUCAAUUAAUAAUUGUAAGUAUUUUAACUAUGAUCAAUGCUAUGCUUGGUGCAUUUUUUGUACCUCAUUUAAUUGCUACUAAAUUACGUAUAGCUCCAGAGAGAAUGCUUUUAGUAAUCAUUUGUUGGUCAAGUUUCAUACCCUUUUAUGGGAUUCUAGGUUUUAUCUUCCAAUCUUUUGGAUUAAAACAUCAAUUUGAAAUGUAUUUCAUGGCAAUUUGGUAUGGUAUUUCAUUAGGUAGUAUUGCCGCAGUAUCAAGGUCAGUUUUUAGUUUGAUUAUACCUCGUGGAAGAGAAUCAACUUUUUUCAGUUUAUUUAAUGUCACAGAUAAAGGAUCAUCAAUUUUAGGUCCAUUUUUAAUUGGAUUAAUCACUGACAAGACUCAUAAUAUUAGAUAUUCAUUUUACUUAUUAUUCGUAUUAAUUAUGGCCUCAUUACCAAUAUUCAAUUUAUUAAAUGUUUCUCGAGCAAAAGAAGAGGCUGAAGAAUUAAGAAGAAUUGAAUUAGGUGGUGAAAUAUCGGAAGAUGAUCCAUCUGAUAUUCCUUUAAUUACACCUUAG